AAAGAAAACCCUCUCAUACAAACUUUUCUUAUUUGAAGUGCUAGUAGCUAGUUGUUUAUUUCCUUCUCUCCUAUUAUAUCACUUUAUCUUUUACCACAACUACAAUUUAUCCACAUACAGGUUUUUUACUUUUCAAUUGAAUCAAUGGCAUCAUCUUCUGCUUAUGCGAGUACUUCACAGUUUCCUCGGUGGAACUACAAAGUCUUUCUAAGUUUUAGAGGCGAUGAUACUCGAAGAACAUUUAUAGGUCACCUCUUCAAAGGCUUGGAAAAUAGUGGAAUAUUCACGUUUCAUGAUGAUAAAAGGCUAGAGCAUGGUGCAUCAAUAUCGGAUGAACUCUUGAAAGCUAUCGAACAGUCUCAAGUUGCCCUCGUCGUUUUCUCAAAGAAUUAUGCAACAUCGAGGUGGUGCUUAGAUGAGUUAGUGAAGAUCAUGGAAUGCAAGGAUCAAUGUGGACAGACUGUCAUACCAGUCUUCUAUGAUGUGGAUCCAUCACAUGUUCGGAAACAGACGGAAAGCUUUGCUGAAGCCUUUGACAAACAUGAAACAAGCUAUAAGGAUGAUGAUGAAGGAAUGCAGAAGCUCCAAAGAUGGAGGAAUGCUCUAACUGCUGCCGCAAAUCUAAAAGGAUAUGAUGUCCGUGACGGGAUUGAAGCGGAGAAUAUUCAGCAGAUUGUCGACCAAAUUUCCAAAUUGUGCAAUAGUGCUACUUUGUCUUCUUUGCGAGAUAUUGUGGGAAUAGAUACUCAUAUGGAGAAAUUAAAGUCCCUACUUAAGGUAGGAACCAAUGAUGUUCGGAUCAUAUUGGGGAUCUGGGGCAUGGGCGGUCUAGGGAAGACGACAAUAGCAAGAGCCAUUUUUGACACUUUGUCUCAUCAAUUUGAAGCUGCUUGUUUCCUUGCUGAUAUUAAAGAAAAUGAAAAACUGCAUUCUUUGCAAAACACUCUUCUUUCUGAAUUGUUAAGAAGAAAAGAUGAUUACGUCAAUAAUAAGCUUGAUGGGAAGCGGAUGAUUCCAGACAGACUUUGCUCUAAGAAGGUGCUAAUUGUGCUUGAUGAUAUAGGUCAUAAAGAUCAUUUAGAGUAUUUAGCAGGUGAUAUUGGUUGGUUUGGUAAUGGCAGCAGGGUUGUUGUAACAACUAGAGACAAGCAUCUGAUGGGGAAGGAUGAUGCAAUAUAUGAAGUGACUGCAUUACCUGAUCAUGAAUCCAUUCAAUUAUUUUAUCAACAUGCUUUUAGAAAAGAAGAUCCAGAUGAGUGUUUUAAGGAACUUUCAUUGGAGGUAGUAAAUCAUGCUAAAGGCCUUCCUUUAGCCCUCAAAGUGUGGGGUUCUUUGAUGCAUAACCUAGGCUUAACUGAAUGGAAAAGUGCUAUAGAGCACAUGAAAGUUAAUUCUAAUUCGGAAAUUGUUGAAAAGCUCAAAAUCAGUUAUGAUGGAUUGGAGCCCAUCCAACAAGAGAUGUUUCUAGAUAUAGCAUGCUUCUUGCGAGGGGAAGAAAAAAAUUACGCCAUGCAUGUUCUUGAGAGUUGUCAUUCUGGAGUUGAAUAUGGAUUGCGUGUCUUAAUUAACAAAUCUCUUGUGUCUAUCUCUGAAAAUGAUCAAAUUCAAAUGCAUGACUUAAUACAGGAUAUGGGUAAAUAUAUAGUGAAUUUUAGAAAAGAUCCUGAAGAACGUAGCAGGCUAUGGCUCGCCGAGGAAGUCGAAGAAGUGAUGAGCAACAAUGGAGGGACCAUGGCAGUGGAAACAAUUUGGCUUCAUUGUAAUUUUAGGACACUAAGCUUUAACAAUGAGGCCAUGAAACAUAUGAAAAGGCUUAAGAUAUUAAACAUAAAGAGUUGGGCCUAUCAUGGCUCCUUUGAGUAUCUGUCCAACAACUUGCGUUGGUUAGUCUUGGAUGGCUAUCCUUGUGAAACAUUGCCAUCUACAUUUGAUCCCAAAAUUCUUGUUAGCCUUAACCUCCGGGGCAGUUCACUGCAUUAUUUAUGGAUGGAAACAAAGCAAUUGUCGUCUCUACGGACGCUAGAUCUCAGAUACUCUAAAAGCCUGGUGCAAACACCAGAUUUCACGGGGAUGCCAAAUUUGGAGUAUUUGAAUCUGUCUUCGUGUUCUAAUCUUGAAGAGGUUCACUAUUCCCUGGGAUGUUGCAACAAACUCAUUCGGUUAAAUUUGUGUUUUUGUAAAAUACUUAAGAGGUUUCCAUGUGUUAACGUGGAAUCUCUUGAAUAUUUGGGUUUAGAAUUUUGCUAUAGGUUAGAGAAAUUUCCAGAAAUUCACGGGAGAAUGAAGCCUGGGAUACAGAUUCACAUGUCAUCCUCUGGGUUAAGGGAACUGCCAUCCUCUGUUUUUCAGUACCAAACUCAUAUUACCAAGCUAGAUUUGAGUAAUAUGGAAAACCUUGUAGCUCUUCCAAGCAGCAUCUGUAGGUUGAAAAGUUUGGUUAGUCUGAGUGUGAAUUGCUCAAAACUGGAAAGCUUGCCAGAAGAGAUAGGGGAUUUAGACAACUUGGAGGAGCUUGAUGCCAGUGCUACUCUAAUUUCACGACUUCCGUCUACCAUUGUACGCUUGAACAAACUUAAAGUCUUGAAGUUAGCUGGAUGCUUCAGAUACAAUAGAGUGCACUUUGAGUUCCUUCUGGCUGAAGGAUUACGCUCAUUGGAACAUCUGGAUCUCAGUCGCUGCAACUUAACAGAUGGAGAACUUCCGGAAGAUAUUGGAUCCUUAUCCUCUUUGAAAGAGUUGGAGCUCAGAGGAAAUAAUUUUGAGCAUAUUCCUCGAAGCAUAGCCCAACUUGGUGCUCUUCGAUCCUUAGACUUAUCAUAUUGCAAGAGGCUUACACAACUACCAGAAUUUCCCCCUGAAUUAAAUAAAUUGCGUGUAGAUUAUCUUAUGGCUCUGAAAUUUAUCCAUGAUUUAGUAACAAAGAGGAAGAAACUACAGAUGGUGAUAUUCGCACCACUGUAUGAUAAGGAUGAUGCAGACAAUAAUUCUAUAUAUAAUUUGUUUGCACAUGCCCUGUUUCAGAAAAUCUCUUCCUUGAGGCAUGACAUCUCUUCUUCAGAUUCCUUGUCCGAAAAUGUGUUUACCAUUUGGCAUCAUGAGAAGAAGAUCCCAAGUUGGUUCCACCAUCAGGGAAGGGAUAGUAGUCUAUCAGUCAAUUUGCCCGGAAAUUGGUAUAUACUUGAUAAAUUCUUGGGAUUUGCUGUAUGUUACUGUGGUAGCUUAAUUGACACCACAGCUCAAUUGAUUCCCGUAUGUGAUGACGGGGUGUCGUGCAUGACCCAGAAACUUGCCUUAUCAGAAUGUGAUACAGAAUCACACAGCUAUCGAGAACGGUAUACACCAAUUCAUUUUUUCUUGGUACCUCUUGCUGUCUUAUGGGAUACAUCUAAGGCAAAUGGAAAAACACCAAAUGACUAUGGACUUAUUAGGCUAUCUUUUUCUGGAAAACAGAAGAAGUAUGGACUUCGUUUGUUGUAUAAAGAAGAACCUGAGGUUGAGGCCUUGUCACAAAUGAGGGAAAAUAACAAUGAACCAACAGAACAUUCCAAUGUGAUAAGGAGGAGCAGAUCUGACAUUAGUGAACACCAUGACUCCGUGACGGAUGAAUCCAGUUGUUGUUGUUGUCGCAUACUGUAAUAACAUUAGAAACAAAGGUCACAUUCCAAUGAAAGUAAGUUGCAAGUUUGGAAGCCCUUUGCUCUAAAGCCGGUGGCAUUGCCUAUGAAGAGUAUAUGUUUCCUUUGUUUGUAGCAGAACAACUAAACUCUUGGCCUGAGAAAGAGAUUCUCGAGAGAACUUACUUCGGUAAAAACCAAUUGCAGAUGAAUAUUCGCGAAGCAAGAAAACUGUGCCAAAAUGGAUGGAUGAAAGAAGCCUUGGAACUGUUCUUCCUUUGGGAUGUAGAGCUCAACUAGUCUUGUAUUCUCUCCAUCAGAAACUGAUUUUCACCUUUUCAAAAUAAUUUUCAUCUUGAAAAAACCAGAAGUUUCUUACACACUACAUAACUUUAAAUAUUGCUUGUCGUAAUGAUCAUGCUAUAACUUUAGAAAUACACUUUUGCAGGGCCGUUUUCAUAUCUGUACCAAGUUAAAUGUGGAGGUUCAGUUUAGUAUAGAGGGACUAAAACAACAUCAUAAAUAUUGUGUUUUCAUUUCAAACUUCAAUCGCAGAAGUACAAGAUUAAUCAUACUUUAUAUACCAAGAUAUAUAAAGUACAUAAGAGUUGUUUUUCCAUUUGCAAUGUUUUCUAACUAUGCAUAGGGAAAACAGUUCCAGGUGUUUGCAUUUCAUCAAUUAGUUUUUGUGGGGUUCGGUAGGGCGACUCUUUGAUGCAUAAUAGAAUACUCAGGCUGCUUCGAGUUUUGACUGACUAAGUGCAGAUGAAAAUCUUUUUGAAAAAGCAUGUGUACAUGUAAAAGAAAACUCAUGUCGCGGCCAAAAUACAUAAAGGAGACUUUUUUCAAAGUGGUUAAGGUUGCUCAAUUAGACUGAAAAUCAUUGCGUGGUUUGAAUUCACAACAAAGAAAGAGAAUACGAGGUAUAGGAAUUUGUCAACUCAUCAGGCUCACGACCUAAAAGGCCAUUUUAUCGUCUACACAAUUGAUCAAAGGCGCUUUGUGAUUCCCUUGGCUUACCUUUAAAAUUAGGUCAUUAGGCAACUUUUAAACAUGUAUGAAGAAGAAUUUGGGCUACCAAGUAAUGGCGCUAUUACAUUACCCUGUGAUUCGGUCUUCAUGGACCACAUCAUUUCACUGAUCAAGAAACGCAUAGCUGCCGGAGAUCUUCGAGCGUUUUGAUGUUUUGAGAGAACAGGGCCCACAAAACAAUGCUCCUAUCGAUUCGUUCAUGUUGCUGUACUUCAUCUUCUAAUUUGCACCAAGAAAGUGGAAAUCAGUAACUUCUUGUUUAUUGAAGUUAUGUCUCGUUAUUCAACCCAUUUUUUAGUGGAUAAUAUAGGUGACUAAUUAUUUUCUUUUAACCAUUUUGCCACCCCUAGUCUCAGAUAAUAAUUUGCAAAAGGUAUUAAACUAAUCAUUUUUUAUACAUUUGAUUUCCAAUAUCCACCGAUAUAUCCAAUUAAAGAUCAAUUUCCUCUUAUCCCCUUCGCCAAAAACUCUAAUGUAAUAUGACUUCCACUUUCUUGGUGCAAAGAAUAAGCUGAAUAACAACACGAAGUACUUGAGAGGAGCAAUGCUUUGUGAAGAUCUCCAGUGGCCACACCUUUCUUGAUUAGUGAAAUGAUGCAAUCCAUGAACGUUGAAUCACAGGGUAAUUUAAUAGGGCCGCCACUCGGUAGCCCAAACUCUUCUUCAGAUAUGCUUAAGAGUUGCCUAACGACCUCAUUUUCAAGGUAUGCCAAGGGAAUGACAAAUCGCUUUGAUCGAUUGUAUAGAUUACAAAAUGGCCCUUUUCAACUAUAUAGGAUGAAGAUGUACUACAACUAUCUUCAUCACUACCAUUUUUGGAAAUGAAAUCCUUUUCCGCUGCAUGACUGCAAACUUCUGCCAUCUCCUAACCAUUUUGAUGAGUUUCUUGGCACUGAUCAUUGUCUUUUUUUUUUU